CAUUGCUCCAAACGAGGAGGAGCUUGCGGGCUCAAGUAGGGGAUGCCAAUCAAAGCAUCAACUUCAAAUUGUAUCUGAGAGAUCAGCCUGGAAGACCUCAGGGCCAGGCGCGUCAGUCGGAGCGCAAUUGUUGAUCAGAUCACAUCCAACGGACUCUGCAGCGAGAGAGAGAAAAAAAAAAAUAAAGCGAGGAAGCAGAGAUUUAAGAGUGGUUUGCUCUGACUACUCACCUCUGCGUGUUUGUAGUAGUCGAGUUUUUGGCUUAAAACACUUUACAUUUUACUUCUACUGGCUCUUUGGUUUUUGGUGGUGUCUCCCUCCCUCUUGUACACUUUGUUGCGCACAGAUUUUAUUUUUCGGGGGGGGGUUGUUUUUUUUUUUUUUUUUGGUUGUUUUUUUUACUUUUUGUUUUUGUCGGGGGAGCUGUGCGACAAAAAAAAAAUAUUUACAUCUGGCGGUUGGAGAUGUCUUUCCCGCAGUUAGGCUACCCGCAGUAUCUAAGUGCCUCCCAGGCUGUAUACGGGAGCGAGAGACCGGGAGUGCUUACGCCUUCAUCCAGAGGAGGGACCACGGAAAUCGGUGGAAGUCCGUCCGCCACGGCGGCGGCCGUCACGUCGGUGCUGAGCAUGUAUGCAAACCCGUACGCACACAACUACAGCGCGUUUUUACCUUACACCAGCGCGGAUCUGGCUCUCUUCUCACAAAUGGGGUCUCAAUAUGAGCUCAAGGACAGCCCUGGCGUUCACCCCGCUACUUUCGCGGCCCACACGUCUCCAGCCUUUUACCCAUACGGCCAGUUCCAGUAUGGCGACCCGGCGAGGCCCAAGAACGCCACCAGGGAGAGUACCAGCACACUGAAAGCUUGGCUCAAUGAGCACAGGAAGAACCCGUACCCAACGAAAGGCGAGAAGAUCAUGCUGGCCAUCAUCACCAAGAUGACACUGACGCAGGUCUCCACCUGGUUCGCUAAUGCCAGGAGGAGGCUCAAGAAGGAGAACAAGGUGACCUGGGGGAACAGGAGCAAGGAGGACGGUGAAGACGGAAACUUGUUCGGCAGUGGAGACGAGGCAGAGAAGAACGAAGAUGAGGAGGAGAUCGAUUUGGAGAGCAUAGAUAUAGACAAAAUCGACGAGAACGACGGGGAUCAGAGCAAUGAGGACGAUGACGAUAAGUCCACGGAGGGAGGCAGGGAGCACAGGAGCAGCCUAGGCGUGCCCGGAGACUUGGACAGCUUGGAGAAAAGACGGGCCUUCGCCCUACAGGCCCACGAGGCCUUUGAGAAAUCCAAGAACGUGAUGUCGGUUCACGCAGGGGGCAAGGAGAACUCAGAUGGCAACAACAACACCACACGAGUUCUGUCCCCUGACAGACCUGGGAAUUUUCCCCUUCCCUCUAACAAUAAACCCAAAAUCUGGUCUCUGGCGGAGACCGCUACCAGCCCCGACAGCUCGUCUCAGAAACCUUCCUCCCCUUGUGCGCCAGGGGCCAACAGUAAUCAUCCAUCAGCGCCCCACCAGAUUCAAACCCACCCGGCCUUCCUCCCCAGUCAUGGACUGUACACUUGCCAGAUUGGAAAGUUCCACAACUGGACCAACGGAGCCUUCCUGGGCCAGAACUCCCUGCUGAAUGUCAGAUCUUUUCUGGGAGUAAACCAGCACCAUCACCACCACCACAGCAGCCAUCCUCUCUCGGCCCAGCAACAUCAGCAACAGCAGCCGACAUCGGUGGUGGUGUCGCCGGUUGCAGCUUCAGCAGCGCUCAGCAAUGACAGCAAGGGCCCAGCAGAUACCCACAGUCCCAAACACAUAGAGCACGAAAGAUCCGAUUCACCUCCAACACAGACCCUCAAGUCGUCAUUUCGUCCUAUUCAAGACAGAUCCUCUCUGCCUUCCAGCGCCAGGAGUCCCCAAGACGCCACGCAACGGGUCCUCACUGCUCUCUCGUCGGCUUGAUCAAGACAUUUGAUUUUUCUUUCCCGUGCUUGGGGAGAAGAAAAAAAAAGAAACAAACAAAAACAUGGAAAAGAGACUUUAAGCUCAGCAAAAGGACAACAAGAAAAAAAAAAAUGCAGUUUAGCAUUUGAGUCGGUACCGAACAAAUGGCGUAAUUUGGUAAUAUCCUGUGGAUGGAUGGAUUACUUCCUCUAUUGUUGUGUAGCCUAUACUCGCGCCUAUAAUGUUACUCUCUUCCACUUUACCCAGUCCUGCUGGGACAUUUUGGUAGGAUUUUUACUUCAUUAUUAUUAUUAAUUAUAUUAUUAUUAUUAUUAUUAUUAUUAUUAUUAUUAUUAUUAUUAUUAUUAUUAUUAUUAUUAUUAUUAUUAUUAUUAUUAUUUGUCUCUAUCCUGUGUUUUUGGUGUCUUUUGUUUAAUGUAAAUACCAAGUGAUUCAAAUUUGUAAAUAGGAAACAUUGAAGGAAUUUGUGCAGAUCGUAUAUUUUGCUUAAUAAACCAAUUGAAAUUUUA